CUCUGUGUGUUCCUUACAUGGGUGUCCUGACGUCAGGUUGGCUGCAAGCGGAGCUGCUCGUACUUCGUCGGGCGCUUCAUUUCACACUGCAGCCCGGAUAGUGGAGACGGGGGACGCCAGCGAAGCUCACCAUGGCCAAGGGUCAGACGCCUCCCAAAACAAGAUAUGGAUGGAAGAUUGUGUAUCUUUUGACAUAUCACCUCAUACAAUUCUGUGGGCACUCAUGGAUAUCCUCAAACAUAAUAGCCAGAAUCGUAACAUUUGGGAAAGACAGCUUUGUGGAUACGUAUUAUGCCUUAGGAGCUGUGAUGUGUUCCUGCCAAUUGCUCUCAAAUCUGGAGGUGAUCCAUAUCUUCACGGGCAUCGAGCGAAGCCCAUUUCUUCUCCGAUUCUUACAGGUGACAGAGAGGAACGUGAUCCUUUUUGUGGUUAUAGCUAGUCAAGAAGAGAUGCAAAACAAGCAAAUAGUUUGGGCCCUGUUCUUCCUCUGGAAUACUCUGGAUAUGAUCAAACAUCCAUAUAACAUGCUAACAAACAUUGGGAGCGAUUAUCAUAUUUUGACCUGGAUUCAUCAUUCCAUUUGGGUGCCUCUUUAUCCGUUAAUAACCUUGGCUGAAGUAAUUGCCAUUUAUCAGUCAUUGCCCUAUUUUGAAUUUUAUGGAACCAACUCGUUUGUAAUACCUGGACCCUUUCGCAUUCUGGUGCAUUUUCCAUAUAUAUUGCAGCUCUACUGUCUAAUCCUUAUUGGUGGUAUGUACAGCAGCUGCAAACAAUUCUAUGAAGAACGGAAGGAAUAUACAAGAAAGCAGAGAUUUAAAGCAGAAUGACGGAUUCAGAUCACAGUCGGCAUCUACCCCAAGAAUCCAUAAAUGCUGCCAUAAAAUUUGGAGCUAACGCUUUUAUCUGAAGCCUCUGAGUUUUGUCAUAGGACAUUUGAAUUGCAAUUAAACUACAUGUAGUGCAGAGCUCAAUGUGAGACUUUAUUACAGACAAUGGGCGCAGCCUCAACUCCCAAGGAUGAAUGGGUUACUGCCAGGGAUGAAAGUUUAAGUAGAAUGAAACAAGAUGCAAGCCCACCUUAAACCAGCAUACUUCCCGUCUUAGACGGAACCAGGAUGCAGUUUGGAUGACUAAUCUGUUCACAAACGGCAGGAUAUUGUUUAAUAAUAAUGCAAGGCUGCCAGUGUGCAUUUUUAAAACAAUCAUUUUCAACUACAGAAAGCCACUUUCCCCAGGCCUCAUGAAACCCAAGGGUUGAAAGGAAGCAUGAAGUGAUAGUGAUGAGGUAAAUUCCCUUACAGCUCAGCUUGUGGGCCAGUAGAAGCAGCCGUGCAUCCCUUUAUAUCGCUGCCACAUCUUCCUAGCUCCCCCACCACUCUCUGCUUCCCUUGAGCAUCACUCAGAUGGUCACUCCUCCUCCUCCUCCUGCAAGUAAGAAACCUAUGACCAUCAUAUCUUCCCCAUGAUUACUACCAACUCACAAUCGAUCACAACAUGAUCAGGACCCUUGUGAUUGUUCAUAUUCCUCAGGAACAACCGACAGACUUUCUCUAUUCAAGAGACUAGCCGAUUAAACAGGCCAUCUGGGAGAAGGAACCUAACAAAGAAAUUGAAUGGGACAAAGUGGGACAUUUGGGCAAAGCCUUCCUCAGAAACUUAACCCUUUGUUAUAAUAUUAAGACAUUUCAGCUCUACGCCUACAAUCUGUUUCCAUAGUUCUCCAUGAGACAUUAAAUUAUGAUUGUUCAAUAUGACCUCUGCAAGUGCUUGUUGUACAAAGGCAACAGUAAAGGCUACAUCAGUAAGAGUUAGUUAUUUCUCAUUACCAGACAAAAUUGUUAUCUGGUCAUAAGGUCAUAAACGAUAGGAGUAGAAUUAGGCCAUUUGGUCCAUCAAGUCUGCUCCGCCAUUUAAUCAUGGUUGACCAAUCUCUCUCUCCUAACCCCAAUCUCCUGCCUUCACCCUAUAACCCCUGACAUCCAUACUAAUAAAUAAUCUAUCUAUCUCUGCCUUAAAGAUAUCCAUUGACUUGGCCUCCACAGCCUUCUGUGGCAAAAAAUUCCACAGGUUCACCACCCUCGGACUAAAGAAUUGAAAAUAAUUUUCACACACGUGGGUCGAAGCAAUGUGCUGUUCUAAACUGCAAUAAAGUGCCUUUUGAAUGCUUCC